CCGCCGGUUUCCUCUGGCCGGGCCCGCGAGCGCCGUCUUUCCGUGUCCGGGCCCGGCGGCCGCGUCCGAGUGUCCGCGCUCAGGGCUCCUGGCCGCUGGCACCGCGCCCUCGCGGGCCGCGUGUCGCUGCUGCCAGACGCGCGUCAGUCCGCGGCUUCUGAGGGACCGGGGUCGCGGCCGGGUCCUCGGCUCCCCCCCGUCUCCCAAGCCCUGCCCGCGCCCCGCCCCCGAGGCCCGCUCAUCGGGCGCUCGACGCUCGGUCGCGCGGCCGAUCGACGGCCUCGGCGCUCCGACGGCGGAAGUGCGGGUGCGGGCCGCCGCGGCGCGGGGUCCUGUCCGUGCGGGCCUGCAGGUCAUUUCUGUAGCGCGACCUCGUUUCGUCAGCAAGCACAAUGUCUCGAUCCCGACAGCCCCCUCUUGUGACAGGCAUCUCUCCGAAUGAAGGCAUCCCGUGGACGAAGGUCACGAUUAGAGGAGAAAACCUGGGGACGGGGCCAGCGGACCUCAUAGGUCUGACAAUCUGUGGGCAUAAUUGCCUCCUGACAGCAGAGUGGAUGUCUGCAAGUAAAAUCGUGUGUCGAGUGGGACAGGCCAAGAAUGACAAAGGAGACAUCAUCGUCACGACCAAGUCGGGUGGCAGAGGAACCUCCACGGUGUCUUUCAAGCUGCUCAGACCUGAGAAGAUAGGCAUUUUGGAUCAGUCCGCUGUGUGGGUUGAUGAGAUGAAUUACUAUGACAUGCGCACCGACAGGAAUAAAGGGAUUCCUCCCUUGUCUCUGCGUCCUGCCAACCCACUCGGCAUCGAGAUUGAAAAAGGUAAAUUUCCCCAGAAGGACUUAGAAACGCUGUUCCCUGGAAUGAGUGCUGACUUUACAAGUGAGAACUUCUCCGCUGCCUGGUACCUGAUUGAGAACCACUCCAGCGCGAGUUUUGAACAACUCAAAAUGGCGAUCACCCACCUGAAGAGACAGGCUAACAAGAAGAGCGAGGGCAGCCUGGCGUACGUGAAAGGGGGGCUCAGCACUUUCUUUGAGGCACAGGACGCCCUCUCAGCUAUCCAUCAAAAACUAGAAGCGGAUGGAACAGAAAAAGUAGAAGGGUCCAUGACACAGAAACUGGAGAAUGUUCUGAACAGAGCAAGUAACACUGCAGAUGCAUUAUUUCAAGAAGUCUUAGGUCGAAAGGACAAGGCAGAUUCCACUAGAAACGCACUCAAUGUGCUCCAGCGAUUCAAGUUUCUUUUCAACCUCCCUCUGAAUAUUGAAAGGAACAUCCAAAAGGGUGAUUAUGAUGUGGUUAUUAAUGAUUAUGAAAAGGCCAAAUCACUUUUUGGGAAAACAGAGGUGCAAGUUUUCAAGAAAUAUUAUGCUGAAGUAGAAACACGGAUUGAAGCCUUAAGAGAAUUGCUUCUGGAGAAGCUGCUUGAGACCCCGUCGACUUUGCAUGACCAGAAACGUUACAUAAGGCACCUGUCCGACCUCCACGCGCCUGGCGACCCUGCGUGGCAGUGCAUCGGGGCCCAGCACCGGUGGAUCCUCCAGCUCAUGCACGGCUGCCGGGAGGGCUGCGUGCGGGACCUCAAAGGGCCCCCGGGCCUUCAUGGCACCUCGCUGGACCUCGACGCCGAGUUGCGUGCCUCCGCGCCCAGUCACCUCGGGCAGACGGCGUCGCUGAAGAGGGGCAGCAGCUUCCAGCCUGGUCGGGAUGACGCAUGGAGAUGCAAGACCCCUCAUCGGGUGGCAUUUGUUGAAAAAUUGACCAAGCUUGUUUUAAGUCAGCUGCCCAACUUCUGGAAACUCUGGAUUUCAUAUGUCAAUGGGAGCCUUUUCAGCGAGACCGCUGAGAAGUCAGGCCACAUUGAGAGAUCAAAGAAUGUAAGGCAAAGACAAAAUGAUUUCAAGAAAAUGAUCCAGGAAGUCAUGCAGUGUCUGGUGAAGCUGGUCCGUGGGGCCCUGCUCCCACUCGGCGCGGCGGAGGGCGGCGGGCGGCAGCACGGAGGCUGGGAGGGGAAGGCUGAGCUCCCUGGACAGUGGCUGGCCCACGUCAUCCAGACCCUCAGGCUGACGUAUGACUCGCUGGCCGCCCUUGAGAUCCCUAGUGACCUGCUGCAGACCAUCCAGGACCUCGUCUUGGACCUCCGAGUGCGCUGCGUGGUGGUCACGCUGCAGCACACAGCCGAAGACAUAAAGAGGUUGGCUGAAAAGGAGGACUGGGUUGUCGACAGCGAAGGCCUGACGUCUCUACCCUGCCGGUUCGAGCGCUGUGUGCUGCUGUCCCUGCAGUCGCUGCGUGGCGUCCUGGAGUGCAAGCCCGGAGAGGCCAGCGUCUUCCAGCACCCUAAAACCCAGGAAGAGGUUUGCCAGCUGAGCAUCAAUAUCAUGCAGGGUUUCCUGUACUGCCUGGAGCAGCUGAGCACCAAGCCUGACGCCGAUGUAGACACUGCGCAUCUCUCCGUUGACGUUUCUUCUCCUGAUUUGUUUGGAAGUAUCCAUGAAGACUUCGGUCUGACUUCUGAACAGCGACUUUUGAUAGUCCUAAGUAAUUGCUGCUACCUAGAACGUCACACCUUCCUAAACAUAGCAGAACAUUUUGAAAAACACAACUUCCAGGGAAUAGAAAAAAUAACACAGGUGAGCAUGGCCUCACUCAAAGAUCUGGACCAGAGGCUGUUUGAAAGCUACAUUGAGCUGAAGGCAGACCCCAUCGUGGGCUCCUUGGAACCUGGCAUUUACGCUGGCUACUUCGACUGGAGGGACUGCCUGCCCCCAACAGGUGUCAGAAACUACUUGAAAGAAGCGUUGGUGAAUAUAAUCGCCGUGCACGCAGAGGUGUUCACUGUCUCCAAGGACCUGGUGCCCCGGGUGCUGUCCAGGGUGGUGGAGGCAGUCUCUGAGGAGCUGAGCCGGCUCAUGCAGUGCGUCUCGUCCUUCAGCAGAAACGGAGCUUUGCAGGCCAGGCUUGAAAUCUGCACCCUGCGGGACACUGUAGCGGCCCACCUGACGCUGGAAAGCAGAUCCAGUUUCAAGCAGGCCCUGGAAGCCCUGCCUCAGCUCUCGGGCGGAGCCGACAGAAAGCUACUGGAGGAGCUGCUGAGCCGGGUCAAGAGCGGCAUGCAUCUGCAGCUGGCCUGCUUCCAGGCUGCCCCGCCGCCCGCCGUGAAGACAUAGAGCCUCCAGGUCAUGCUCCGCUGAGCGCCCACAGGUGUCUGCAUGGAAGCUCAAGCUGCCCCUCUCUCUCUUCUUUCCCUUUAUUGGGGAGCUUAGAAAGAUGUUGGUGUAUGUGUUAUUUCAACCAAAUUGACCUGAUUUAAAAUGCCCAGGAAGUAUUUGCUUUGCUAUUCUUAUUACCCUAGGCCUUGUAUGCCACCUGCAAUGCAGGAGACCUGGGUUCGAUCCCUGGGUUGGGAAGAUCCCCUGGAGAAAGGAAAGGCUGCUCACCCCUAUUCUGGCCUGGAGAAUUCCAUGAACUGUACAGUGCAUGGGGUAGCGAAGAGUCAGACACGACUGAGCGACUUUCACAGUGUGGCUUUAAAAUACCUUUCUAAAAAUUAGGGAGCAUCUCAAAGCUACAUGUUGCAUGGUGAAGGCUACAGAAGGCAGGGCAGCUCAGACCCAGGGCUUCUUCCCGGGUUUCCUGCAGCUUCCAGGACACCUUGGGAGGGGAUGCGUGGGUUAGCAGAAAGUCACACAUGAACACCUGGAGCCGCCCUGAACUGUGCAGCUGUGUGAAAGCCUUCAUUUCACGCCGAUGGCUCUAGCGCUCCUGACCCAAGUGGACUUUCAGAAAAGCGGGCGGCCCGCCUACCAAGCUGUUACGUUGGGGAGGUUACUUGUGGGCCUCGGUUCCAGAGUUGACUCGCUGCCUGGCUUCUGUGUUCACAGCACUCAGGUCGUCAGGCCUUUUCUGUGUGACUCGCCCUGAACCUGACAUGGGCCUCCUGCCCCCGUGACCCCUGCACACGUGAGGGGCUGCCGUCAGCGUCUCCUCCAGAACCGGGCGCCCUGCCGCCCACCCGCACUGCUUCUCUGGCCUCUGCAGUAUGCUGCCCGCUGGCUCUGGCCUCUGCAGUGUGCUGCCCGCUAGCUCGGGGUCUCUGCUCUGGUGGUGUCUUUGUCACCAGGCACAGGAGCCACCAGUGACGCUGUCACCAGAACAGGUCAGGCUGCCAUGUCCUCCUGCAGACUCGGCUUCCCUGGCCUGCCUUCGUCACACCAUUUGCUUCAGAAAACUGAAUCAGGUUUUAGGUAGUGCCACAGGCCCGUUUUCUAUGCUGGCGUUAGUGUAUUCGUGCAGGGAGCUCUGAGGUCCUCCGUGGCCAUGUGCUGUGUCCAUCAUUUGGAGUCAGUCAGUCUUGUGCUUGUUUCUUUGGUGUCAGGGAGGUUUUGUCUUGAACAAAACCUAUGAAGAAAUACACUGAAGGUGGGGCUCUCUAGGCAUGUUCACGCCUGUACCCACUGUGGCUGUAACUCAGAGCACAGAGCCACAGUCCUGAACAUCUGCCUUAUUUUAAGUGGAUGACGAAGACCCUUCAGUCAAUAAAGAAUGUGUCUUUAGUACAAGACCUAA